CCUCCCCCACCCCCUCCCUCACCGCACGCCACCUCCCUCCCUCACUCCUCCACCUCCCUCCAUCCUUCUGUCUGCAUGCUACGGGGAGUUCAUAAAGUCUCCCCGGCCCGAGACGGGGGAGUUGCAGAGCCGGUGGGAGCCGAGGGAGAGAGAGAGAGGAGAGAGACGGGAGGACAGGGGGCGCGUGAUGACCGACUGAAGAAGAGGUGACGUGACGAGGUGGACGAUUAUGUCGCGCGAUGGGAUGAAGGCGGUGACGAGGAUGACGACGACGAUGGAGACGACGCGAUUCGUCCAACUCCUCCCGCCGCUCCUCCUCCUCCUCCUCUCUCUCGUCCGCCUUUGUCUCUCCAUGGUGGCCACCGCGGGAGGAGCCGAUGGGGGAGCGGAGUCGGCACUGCCGAGGGUGCGGAUGUCCUACAAGGACCUGCUGGAGUCGAACCGCUCGAGCACAUUCUACGGGUCUCGGGGUGGAGGCGCUGCCGUGCACAGCAUGCUGCUCGACGAGUACCACGAGCGACUUUUCAUCGGCUCCCGUGACCUCGUCUACUCGCUGAGUCUCGACGCCGUUCACCAGGACGCCCGCGAGAUACGCUGGGCCGCGCCGGCCUUCCAGAAGGAGCUGUGCCUCAUGCAAGGCAAGGAUGCGAAGCGCUGCGCCAACUUCGUGCGGGCUCUGCACCGCUACAACCAGACGCAUCUCGUGGCGUGCGGCACGGGCGCCUUCCACCCCAUCUGCGUCUUCCUCAACGUGGGCCACAAGGCCGAGGAACACGUUUUCAGGCUGGACGCUCAGAAGGCCGAGAGCGGCCGAGGGAAGUGCCCCUACGACCCCGAGCAAUCCUUCACCUCCACGCUCGUCGGAGGGGAUCUCUACGCCGGUCUCUACUCAGACUUCUUCGGCGAGGACUCGGCCAUCUUCCGCACGUCGCCACAGCGCCACGCCCUGCGCACGGAGCACGCCGACCGCCGGCUGCUCGACGAGCCCCGGUUCGUGGCGGUGCACGUCAUCUCCGACACGGACGACCAUGACGACGACAAGGUUUACUUCUUCUUCACGGAGAUGGCCAUGGAGACGGACGGGAAGAGCAAGGCGCGGUACUCGCGCAUCGGCCGCGUCUGCGCGAACGACGCGGGUGGCCACCGCGUGCUGCUCAACAAGUGGAGCACGUUCACCAAGACGCGCCUCCUGUGCUCCGUGCCGGGCCCCGACGGCAUCGACACGCACUUCGACGAGUUGGUCGAUGUCUUCCUGCUGCCCACCAAGGAGGAGAGCGACCCCCUCAUCUACGGCGUCUUCCGCACGGCGAGCCACGUGUUCCAGGGCGACGCGGUGUGUGCGUACCGCAUGUCGGAUGUGCGUGACGCCUUCAACGGGGCCUACGCCCACAAGGAGGGCCCCCAGUUCCAGUGGGCGGCGUUCGAGGGCCGCGUGCCGUACCCCCGCCCGGGAUUUUGCCCGAGCAAGCUGACGAGCCCGCCGGACUCGCCGCUGCGCAGCACGCGCGACUACCCCGAGGAGGUGCUCCACUUUGCCCGCUCGCACCCCCUCAUGGCGCGCCCCGUGGUGCCCGCGCACGGCCGGCCCCUCUUUGUCAGCACCGGCGGCAGCGGCCGAGGGUCGGGGCAGCGGCUGCAGCGCGUCGUGGUGGACCGCGUGCAGGCUGAGGACGGCCACUACGACGUCCUCUUCCUCGCUACCGACGCUGGCCUGGUUCUCAAGGUGAUCUCCAUCGAGCGCGAGGGCGUCAGUGCCCCCGAGGAGGUCGUCCUGGAGGAGCUGCAGGCCUUCAAGGUGCCGACCACGAUCACCGCCAUGGCCAUCUCCGUCAAGCGGCAGCGGCUGUUCGUGGGCUCGGCGGCGGGAGUGGUGGCGCUGCAGUUGCAGCAGUGCGUGUCGUACGGCAGCGUGUGUGCCGAGUGUUGCCUGGCGCGCGACCCCUACUGUGCCUGGGAUGGCCUCUCCUGCUCCAAGUACCAGCACGCCACACGCAGCAGCCGCAGGUUCCGGAGGCAGAACAUCCUCAACGGCGAUCCCUUCAUGCAGUGCCUGGACCAGAACAACAUCGCGGAACAGGGGGUGGGCGUUGCGGGAGCGCUGGCCGUGCAGGAUGAGCAGCAGCAGCAGGAGGAGCAGGAGGAGGAGCGUGUGGUGUUUGGCGUGGAGAGGAACAGCACCUUCCUGGAGUGUGUGCCCCGCUCGCUCCGCGCCACCAUCACGUGGCACGUGCAGCACGCACACAGCGGCCUCACCCAGGAGGUGAAGACGGACGAGCGCGUGGCGCGCACCCCCCACGGUCUGCUCUUCCGUGCGCUGCACCGCCUCGACGCCGGCGUCUACCGCUGCCGCUCGGCGGAGCGCGGCUUCACGCAGGGCCUGCGGCGCCUGCGCCUGCACGUCAUCGCGGACGAGCGCGUGCGCGCCCUCGUCGCGCCCCGCCAACCCCACCACCACCACCGCCAACCCCACCACCACCGCCGCCAACCCCACCACCACCACCACCACCGCGGGCGCCACGACGCCGACGACGCCGAGGACGACGUCGUCUGCGCCUCGGCCGGGCCGGCGGGCCGGGGUCACGGGCACCGCGCCUGGCACGAGGGGCCCGCGCAGCCGCCGGGCCACGCCGGGGCCGCCGAGUACUGCGAGAGGGCGUGGUGCGCGGAGCGGGCGCGGCGCGGGCAGCAGGCCGCCGGCGCCGCCGGGUCCCCGGCCUCCUCCCCCCCCGUGCCGAUGUCGCUCCCCGGCGCGGGCGGCGGAGGCGCGACGCGGCGGAGGGGGCCUCCGCACGACGGGCGGAGAGGCCGCGGCAAGGCCAAGCGCACGCCGAGACGCGCCGCGGUGCCGUCGCCGGGGCGGUGAGACGCACCGUGCCCUUGCGGGAGGGGU